AUUCACAUUAAAGCAAGAUUGAUGAGAGGAGAGCAGUAAGAGUGAGUGUGUGUGAGUGUCGAAGAGAGGAAGAGAUGGCCUCAACUGCAUGCUUCCUCCACCACCACGCACCCUCGACCGCCAACAGGAUCCAAUCCACGCGCCUUGUGCCGAUCAACAAGCCCAACCUGAUCGUCUGCAAGGCUCAGAAGCAGGCCGCCGCCGACGAGAACAGCGCCGCCGUGUCACGUCGCAUGGCGCUGACGGUGCUCCUCGGUGCCGCGGCCCUCGGCGCCAAGGUCGCCCCGGCCGACGCGGCCUACGGCGAAGCUGCCAACGUGUUCGGUAAGCCGAAGACGAACACCGACUUCCUGCCGUACGCCGGCGACGGGUUCAAGCUGAUGAUCCCGUCGAAGUGGAACCCGAGCAAAGAGGUGGAGUACCCCGGCCAGGUGCUCCGGUACGAGGACAACUUCGAUUCCAACAGCAACGUCACCGUCAUGGUGACGCCGACCACCAAGAGCUCCAUCACAGGCUACGGCACCCCGGAGGAGUUCCUCUCUCAAGUUGAUUACUUGCUAGGAAAACAAGCCUACUUCGGCAAGACAGACUCAGAGGGUGGGUUCGAUUCUGAUGCUGUGGCAACAGCCAACAUACUGGAGACCACCACGCAGGAGAGCCGCGGGAAGAAGUACUACUUCGUCUCGGUUCUGACGAGGACGGCGGAUGGGGACGAAGGUGGCAAGCACCAGCUGAUAACAGCCACUGUUUCCGACGGGAAGCUCUACAUCUGCAAGGCGCAAGCUGGGGACAAGAGAUGGUUCAAGGGAGCCCGGAAGUUUGUGGAGAGCGCAGCCAGUUCCUUCAAUGUUGCCUGAGAGAAUGGCGGGCUGUGUGUUUCUCCUGCUGUGGAUGAGCUUUAGUGUUCAUGACUGUUGUCUGUCCUCCAUUUUGUUUCUCUAAGUUCUCUUGUCUAUGAUGUACAUGUUCCAUGAACUAAAACUAGAUUAUAAGUAGAGAAGCCUGCAUUUCCCUGAA